AUGGAAACAAAUAAAGGUAAACCCAUUUUUGUACAUAAUGGAUACUCUUAUAUAAUAAAUAAAACUCUGGAGAUAAAACAAUAUGGGUUGAAAACAGAUGCUGAGUUUGCACACCAAGUUCGAUUAUUACCAGCCUUAUCGUCUUUACCGGUACAAGAUGUUAUUGCUACAUUACAAGAAAUCAAACAACAAUUCCCAAUACAGGCUGGUCCUGUGAUUCAAUAUUUUGAACAAACUUAUAUAGGUGUGAGAAAUCAUUUGUCGAGACCACGUAAACUACCACAAUUCAGCUUAGAUCUAUGGAAUACACAUCACAAUACGUUACAAGGGUACCAUCGAACGAACAAUAUCAUUGAAGAUUGGCAUAACCGUUUAUCAUCAUUGAUUGACUGUUCACACCCAAACUAUUGGUCGUUUUCGAAAAGUUUAAAGAAAGAGCAGAUUUACGCUGAUGAUGAGCUGAUACAAGCUGAGGCUGCAUCACGUCAACAGUUGAAUAAAAAGCAAGAACGUUAUAAUAAAAGAUUACCAAAAAAUAUUUUGAAUGAACGACAACAAAUUUUGAAAAAGUUCCAGAAUAGUCAUCUCAUUUAG